ACGCGCCUUUCCUGUGCGCGGGGUUCGGGUCCGCCUAGGCCGAGGGGGGCGGGUUCGAGGGGGGGCGCACUUCCGGUGCCCUUCCUCCCGCGAGCUCUAAGGCCGCCCAUCCUCGUGUGCAAGGCGAGCUCUGUAAACUGGAGUGGGGGAGAAGCUGGCGGGCACCCCCUCCUGACCGCUGGUGCCGCCGCCUUCAGGAGGAGCAGACAUGGCCCAGAACUUGAAGGACUUAGCGGGACGCCUGCCCGCCGGGCCUCGGGGCAUGGGCACGGCGCUGAAGCUGCUGCUGGGGGCCGGGGCGGUGGCCUACGGCGUCCGCGAAUCCGUGUUCACCGUGGAAGGUGGCCAUAGAGCCAUCUUCUUUAAUCGUAUUGGUGGCGUGCAGCAGGACACGAUCCUGGCCGAAGGCCUUCACUUCAGGAUCCCCUGGUUCCAGUACCCCAUCAUUUAUGACAUUCGGGCCAGACCUCGAAAGAUCUCCUCUCCCACAGGCUCCAAAGACCUGCAGAUGGUGAACAUCUCCCUGCGUGUGCUAUCUCGACCCAAUGCCCAGGAGCUGCCCAGCAUGUACCAGCGCCUAGGGCUAGACUAUGAAGAGCGAGUGCUGCCGUCCAUUGUCAAUGAGGUGCUCAAGAGUGUGGUGGCCAAGUUCAAUGCCUCGCAGCUGAUUACCCAGCGGGCUCAGGUGUCCCUGUUGAUCCGAAGAGAGCUGACAGAGCGUGCCAAGGACUUCAGCCUCAUCCUGGAUGAUGUAGCUAUCACAGAGCUGAGCUUCAGCCGAGAGUACACAGCUGCCGUAGAAGCCAAACAAGUGGCCCAGCAGGAAGCCCAGCGGGCCCAGUUUUUGGUGGAGAAAGCAAAGCAGGAACAACGACAGAAGAUUGUGCAGGCUGAGGGGGAGGCAGAGGCUGCCAAGAUGCUUGGAGAAGCACUGAGCAAGAAUCCUGGCUACAUCAAGCUCCGAAAGAUCCGGGCCGCCCAGAACAUCUCUAAGACGAUUGCCACGUCACAGAACCGAAUCUAUCUCACAGCUGACAACCUUGUGCUGAAUCUACAGGAUGAAAGUUUCACUCGGGGAAGUGACAGCCUCAUCAAGGGUAAGAAAUGAGUGUGGACAUCAAGAACCCCACCACCAGAGAAACUGGUGCACUUCUCCAGCUGGAGCCAGCUCGGGGGUCAAGCACACCCCACCCUGACCCAAGCAUCAUGUGACAGAUUCUUCUGUAUCUGACCUCUUGGAUUAAGGAAGACUGAAGACCAGCCCUUUCAGAGGGUUUUUUUUCCUCCUUCCUGUAUUGGCUGGGAAGGGGGGGAUGGGACAGUGUGAUUUCUCCAUGAUUUCCUAUAGUGUUGUCCCUCUCCCAGAAUGGGGGGAGAUAACCACCAUGCCAGGAAUAUUCAAUAAAAUUUUUAUUACUUAAAGCUGAAAA